AUGUCCAUAACUACACCCUUAAACCAGCUUCUGGGCAUUCAGCACCCAAUCCUGCUGGCAGGAAUGGGUCAGACAUCUGGAGCACCCCUGGCUGCAGCGGUGUCGAAUGCGGGCGGCCUAGGUGUAAUUGGCGGAGUUGGAUACACGCCGCAAAUGCUGCGAGAGAUGAUUGAGGAAUUGAAAGCAAGUCUACGAGACCCAUCUCUCCCAUUCGGUGUGGACCUCUUGAUCCCUCAAGUCGGCGGCUCCGCGCGGAAGACCAAUCUCGACUACACCAAAGGCGCCCUCGACGAACUGGUCGACAUCAUCAUUGCAGGCGGUGCAAAACUCUUCGUUUCCGCCGUUGGCGUCGCGCCCAAACCUGUCAUCGACAAGCUCCACGCCAACGGCAUCUUGUACAUGAACAUGAUCGGACAUCCGAAGCACGCGCACAAAGCAUGCAAAGCUGGUGCAGAUAUCAUUUGUGCACAGGGCGCUGAAGCGGGCGGACAUACCGGGGAUACGCCGACCAGCGUCUUAAUCCCCGCGAGCGCCGACAUCGUCAAGACCUACACAUCUCCUUUGACCAAUCAGCCCGUCCAGCUUGUUGCAGCAGGCGGAAUCUAUGACGGCCGCGGCAUGGCUGCGAGUCUUAUGCUAGGCGCGUCUGGUGUAUGGGUUGGCACGAGAUUCGUGACAGCAAAGGAAUCAGGAGCCCCGGAGGCUGCAAAACGCGCCAUCAUCAACGCCGACUUCGACAGCACCAUUAAAUCGACCAUCUGGACGGGCCGCCCUCUCCGGGCCCUUGCAACCCCCUAUGUUCGCAACUGGGAAACGAAUCGACAAGAGGAAAUGAAAUCCUUACAAUCGCGCGGCAUCAUCCCAUUAUCCCACGAGAUGGACCGUCUUGAGAAAAUCAACGGGAUUACGGAGGAAAUUGAGGAUCAAUCAACGUUGAGGCCUAUGGGCGUCGUCUCCGCGCUGGUUAACACGCCGAAUCAAUCUGCGGGAGAAAUUGUGAAAGAGAUGGUGGAUGAGGCGGUGCGUGUGCUGGAGUCCGCAGGAGGAUAUCUUCGACCUGCAGCGAAGCUUUAG